AUGUCCGCUUCAACGUCUUCAUCGCGCCCUUUCCUUGGGUCCUCAUCAUCAGCUUCGUCAACCACCUCUUCGUCAUCCGCUUCCUCGUACUCGACAUCCGACCCGGAUCUUCCGUCUUCGAAUACGACUGCUUCAGGGUCAUCUGCCCGGCACAGCAUGGAUUCAGCAAUCCGCCCCCCCGUCCAUGUUGCCGUGAUCCGCUGCUUGCGCUGCGCCCGAGCCGAGGAGAUGACCUCGACGGACGACCUAAGCAUGUCCGGCAUGGUUCAGAUUGGUACCAACAUCUACUACUGCAGCCGCUGCGCCAAGCUCGUCGGCUAUACAUGA